CACCUUUUUUUUUUUUUUUUUUUUUUUUAUUGAGAGAAACUCGUGCGAUUACAUGCGGAGAAAGAAAAUCCACGAUAUCCAUAGGGGAGUUCCUCGGUUAAACAGCGAGCCACGAUUCAGUAUAUAAAUUAUAAAGUUCGAAACAAAUUUUAUUUAUCUUCCCCAUCCCAAAAUAAGCCAAACAAACCAACUCAACGAAGAAUAUCUAUUUGAGUCUGAAAUGGGGAGUUUGAGAAGAGCAUUGGUUUCGAUCGACCGUCUUCUCCAAUCAUCGGCCGCAAUCCAUCGCACCAUCUCGAUCGCCGCGGCCAACUCUCUCGUUCGAGCGCCUGAAUCCUUCUGUAGGCCUCGUUCAAGCGUUGCUUAUUCUGGGGGUUACCGUUUUUAUUCGAACAAUUACACCAAUUUACAGUCUUUGGAUAUCGAUCUCUCCAACGAAGAGAACAAGAAACGCCUUUAUAACAGAUUGGUAUACAGGAGCAAACAGAGGGGGUUUCUGGAAUUGGAUUUGGUUUUGGGCAAAUGGGUAGAGGAGCAUAUCAGUUCCAUGGAUGAAAAUGGAAUCAAAGCUCUCGUCCAUGUCCUCGACCUGGAAAAUCCAGAUCUCUGGAAGUGGAUAACUGGUCAAGAGCAACCUCCUGAGGCCCUCCAAAUUAAUCCUGUCUUUAAUGCUCUACGUGACAAAGUCAUGAACAACCUUAAUACACAUUCUUCUCCUGAAACUCGAGCAAAACCUGGACAGCCAUGGGUGAGAGGUUGGGAUGACAUCAAGAGAGCUCGGGACAGCCCUAUUACUGGAAAUCAGUAACUCUGUCAUCAAUGAUUUAAUGUUAGAUUUUCCAGUUGUUUUGCUUGUAAGAGGAUUUUGUAUAUGUAUAUUUGCUUGUCUUUGUUUAAAUAAGUACAAGUUCAGUACAAAGAGAUAAAAAAAUCAAAAUAUAAAAGUUGUGAACAUGUGCUGUUUGCUAAAAUCGUCCAUCGAAAGUUGCUAUUAUGUAGUCAGAAUAUCAAAUAAGUGAAUCUUUUGUGGAAUGGAAUAUUUAAAGAUUUAAAGGAUAUUGUUGAUAGUGAAAA